AUGAGAAAUCAAUGGAUGCGAUUGCUUCUUCUCCGAUGCUACAACACUCAGUCACAGUUUUGCAUUUUCCGACAGUCCCAGGUAAACUCUCUCCGUUCAUUCACUUCGUCUUUCUUGUACUCACGUGAACCUAAGGUGAUCCCGAGAUCCUUUACCUUAAUUCGUCAUUUUUCAUCCUCAUCCGAGCUCGCCGAGGAGUCGAAAUCCACCCCCGAUCAGGCUGUUUUAUUAUUAAUCGACAUUUUCGGUAGAACCGGAAAAUCUAAUGAAGAAAUUAAGAUUGAUUUGGAUUCUAAUAAUGUGAAUAUUACCCAUGAUUUGGUUUUGAGUGUUUUGGAAAACUCGAGCGCUACCCCUGAUGUGGCUAAGAGGGUUUUUGACUGGGUAUUGGAGAGUGAAAGUAAGAAGUUGAGCUCAAAGUCGUAUAAUUUGAUGCUGGGGAUUUUAGGUGGUAAUGGGUUUGUGAACGAGUUUUGGGAUAUGAUUGGGAUUAUGAAGCAGAAAGGAUAUGGUAUGUCAAAGGGCACCUAUGCUAAGGUUUUUGAGAAAUUCGUGAAAGACGGUUUGUGCGAUGAUGUUGACAAGUUAAAGAAGUUGUUUAAUUGUGGGUCUGCAGGAAGCAAGAGUAGUAAUGCUGAGGAAGAGGUUUGUCGUAGAGUAUGUAAGAUUGUUAAGCAAGAAGUGUGGGGAGAUGAUGUGGAAAAGCAGUUACAUGAACUAAAUGUGGAGUUUUCGAGCAAUUUAGUAUCAGCCGUAUUAGAGAGUCUUGAAGUGGAGCCGAAUAAAGGGUUGAUAUUCUUCAGGUGGAUUGAGGAGAGUGGUUUGCUUAAGCACAGCGAGCAGACAUUUAAUACUAUGGCAAGGGUGUUGGCUAGGGAGGAUUACAGUGAGAAAUUUUGGAAAAUUGUUAAUGAAAUGAGGGGUGCAGCGUAUGAGAUGGAGAGGGAGACUUAUGUUAAGGGUUUACAACGGUUUGUGAAUAGUAAAAUGAUGAAGGACGCUGUGGAUUUGUAUGAGUUUGCCAUGAUUGGUGAGAAUAAGCCUUCAGUUCAUGACUGUACCUUCCUUUUGAAGAAAAUAGUGGUUAGUAAAGAACUGGAUAUGGACUUGUUUUCGAGAGUUGUGAGUGUUUUUAAGGCAAAUGGAAAUAUGUUGACUAAUGCUAACCUUGAUGCGGUUCUCAAGUCCUUGACUAGUGUUGGAAGAAUUGGGGAGUGCAACAAGAUCUUGAAAGCAAUGAAGGAGGGUGGUUAUCUACCUAGUGGUUAUUUGCAGAAUAAGAUUGCCUUCCAACUUAGUAGUGGUGGGAAAACAGAGGAAGCACUUGAGUUUAUGGAUAACAUGGAAGCAUCUGGGACUGCUUAUGAUUACAGAGCAUGGGUUUAUUCAAUUGAAGGAUCUUGUGUAGCUCGUGAUUUGGAUAACGCAUCUGAUAUAUUUCGAAAGAUGGUCGAAAAAGAAGGGGCCUCUUCUGAUGUGUAUGCUUUAGAUAUGUUGGUUAGUACAUAUUGCCGAAAGAACAGAGCAAUGGACGCAUUCAAGCUUGUUUCUGAAAUGGUUAAUGUAAAAGAGUUACGUCCUUGGCACAGUACAUAUAAAGAAUUGACAAGCAAGCUUUUAGCUCGAAAACGUUUUUUAGAGGCUUUGGAUGUUAUGAAUUUGAUGAAAAAUCAAGGGUAUCCACCAUAUCUGAAUACGUUUAUUGAUUACCUUUCCAAGGUUGGCAGUGCAGAUGAUGCUGUAACAUUUUCAAAGGCCAUGAGUUCUAAGAAUUUGCCAUCAAUGUCCAUAUAUCUUCGUCUUUUUGAAGCAUAUUUUAAAGCAGGAAGGCAAAGUGAAGCACAGGACUUCCUAUCAAAAUGUCCAAGAUACAUAAGAAAUCAUGCUGAUGUUUUGAAUCUGUUUUGUUCUGUAAAAUCUGGAGAUGCAGCUGAGACUGCUGCUGUCGCUGCAUAG